AUGACAACGACCCCGGACGCGCCGGACCCCUGCGUGGCAGAGGAUUGCAUGGUCUUCGAGGCCCUGUCGGCCUUCCUGCAGGGGCAGGCAAAUGCCCCCGCGCGGCUAUUGGCCGCGCUGGCGGAUCCGGCCGCUCCGAUGGCCAGCGACGGGACCGCCUGCUCGAGGCUGGCCGCGCGUGUGUCCGGCGAGGUUCUCUGCUCGGAGCUGGCUCGACUUCGGCCACCUCCGGCCGCGGCCGCGGGCCGCUUCAUUCGCCAAGUGGUCACGGCCAUCGAGUCGACCCGGGCGCAUGAGGUCCCGGAGGACAUGUAUGCCCUGUACUUCGAGCAUACGAUGUCCCCGGCGGCCGGAGCCGCCGGGUCCCGGGGCGACAGCAUGGCCGAUGACCCGCUGCAUUCCGGGACCUUCCGCACGCUGCUGGUCCCCCCGGGGGCCGCCACGCCGGGGGCCUGCCCGGACUGGCUGGCCGCCACGUCCCUGCCCCGGCACCUGUCGGUCCCGGCCACCAAUCGCCUGAUCAGCCACGGCACCACCGGCUUGGCCCUGUGGACGGCGAGCAUUGCGCUGGCGGAGCUGCUGCUCGGGGUCGGCCGGCCGGCCGGCGGCCCGGCCGCGGCCUUCCCGCUGGACAUUGGGGUCCCCCCGGUGGACGCGGCCCUGGGCCCGGAUGUGACCGCCGAGCAGUUGGCUGCCCUCUUCGCCAAGCCCCACUUCCUGUCCGAGCAUUCGCGUGCCAUGUCGGUCCCGGAGCCGGGAGCUUGGGACACCGCGGCCCUGGUGUGCCCUGACCGCCAGGCCCUCGGCCAUGCCGGGCCGGCCUGGGUGGCCGGGCGCCGGGUGCUCGAGCUCGGUAGCGGCUUGGGCUUCCUCGGGCUGGCGGCCGCCCUGGCCGGGGCCGAGCAUGUUCGCAUGACCGACGCCCACGGGCGAGUGCUCAGUGCGCUGGACUACUCGGUCGAAAUCAAUGCCAAGCAGCUGCGCCCGGGCGCCCUGUCAACCGGGGUGCUGGACUGGGCGGAUUUCCUUGCGGGCAUCGCGCCGGCCACGACGCCCGGCGCCCUGCCGUCCAUUCUCUCGCACCCGGCGACCGGCGAGUCGGCCGCCGCCACCGAGGGGCAGCACUUCGAUCUCAUCCUGGCGGCGGACGUCAUCUUUGAGGAGUCGCUCGUGGUCUACCUGGUGGCGGCCCUGCGCCAGCUGCUGGCCGGCCGGCGGAACUUCCCCCUUGGGGCCCUGGUGGCCAACACCAUGCGCCGGCCGGAAACGGUGGCCUUCUUCGUGGCAUAUGCCCGGGCUGCCGGGCUCCAGGUCCGGGAAAUCCUGCCGGCGUCGGGCGACGGCCCGGGCGCUUCCACCCCCGGGGGGCCCUGCUGCGAGGCCAUGUGCCGGUGGAGCCGGCCCGAGGCCAGCCGGGUCAUCAUCAUGCAUGUCACCGCACCGAUCGAGGUGUAG